AUGCCUUCCGUCAAAGCAUUGCUUGUUUCCGCGCUCGUUUCGAGCACUCUUGCGGCUCCUCUCAUCACCCGUUUCGAGAACAAAGAAUCCGCCGCAAGUGUCUUCGAUGAGAACCCUCGGACUUCUCUAGAGACUCGCGAGAUAGAAGUCAGUGAGGACUACGCAGAUCUCGAGACACGCAAUGAGGAGGAGUAUGAGUAUGUGGAGGCCACCUCCGCCGCUGGCAUCUCCGCUCGAGGUCUAGAGGACGCCGAGGAGUCCGGCGAUCUUGAGGCACGGGACUUGAAGGAAUUCAGUGAGGUCUACUCGACCUUCGAGUCUCGUGACUUGGACGCGGAGGAUGACCAGUAUGGCCACCUCGAGGCUCGGGACAACAAAAUGUCUUCUUCGGAUCGUACUUCCUCCUCUCGGACUUCGUCAUCCCGGACUAGCAACAACAACGAUAACGGGAGGGUCGACAAGGCCAGAGUUCAGAAAGAGAAGAACGAAAUCAAGGACAUUCAAGCUGACCAGAAGAAGCAACAUGCCAGCGCCAGGGUGAAGGAAGACAAGGAACGAAAAGAGGCUGACGAGGCCCGUCAGAGGCAGAAGGGCGCCACAAACUCUCAAGAAAGGGAGGCUGCCAGUCGAAAGAAGAACGAGGAGCAAGCGUCACUCGACAGAGUGAAGGGCCAGAACUCAAGAGACAAGGCCAGCCUCCAGGCCCAGAAGGAGAAGGAGAAACAAGAAUUGCAGGACGCUAAGAACGGCCGAUUCGUCGAGACGCCUGACUCAUCGAGAAACUUCAACCCCAAUUCCUAUGGUGGCAAGUCGGGAACUUACAACGACUACAAGAACCCCAACUACCAAAACAAGGACAGCAACUAUUACUCGAACCAGCGCUACAAGGAUUACUCGAACCAGGGUAAGAAUGACGAUGAGAGAAUCCGUCAACUGGAGAGAGACCGUGCUCGUGAGGAUUCUCGGAUCAACAAGGCCGAGUACAAGAAGGACAAGAGCGGCGACAAGAUCAAGAAUGGAGAAUACAACAAGGACAAGGAGGAUGAGCGUAUUCGCAAGGAUCAGUACGAGAAGCAACGCAGCGGCGAGCGCAUCCAGGAUGCCGAGCGAGCCAAGGACAGGUACGGAAAUAACAACAACAACAACAACAACAACAACAACAACAACAAGAACAAUUACGACCAGGAGAUCCGUGCCGAGGAAGCUAGACGUCAGCGGGAGGACCAGAAGAUUCGCGAGUCUCAGUACGACAAGAACAAGCAGGAUCAACUGAUCAGAGCUGAGGAGGAUCGCCGCGCCAGGUAUGAUGAGCAGAUUCGGAACUCUCAGAAUAACAAGGACAAGUACGGCGACCAAAUUAAGGAUUAUGAGCAGCAACGCAGAGAGGAUGAGAGGCGUCGUAACGGCGGGUACUGA